CUUUUCAAUACACGAAAGCUGCACAGCGCGGCUGUGGCGUCAUGCUAUUCUCUAUAUUUGAAUAGAUAUCUGUGACACGAAAACUCUAUAAAUAAACAAGUGUACAUAAACAGCGUACGUAGAUGACCUCUCAACAGUUAUCGCCGUCCUAUACUGAACGAUACUGGGAUUCGAGAGCGUUGUGUUUCAGGGAAUGUUAUCAGCCUGACGUGAUCCAUACUGAACAGACAAUCAGUGUGGCUUCAUUGGAUACAUUUACAACUGUGACAGUGGCGAUAUUAUUACACCAGACAUACACAUAAGUGGGACAACAGCUAUCCUGGUGUGGACUCAGAUCUUAGUCAGUACCAUCAACUAUGGGGAGACACGAGGUGCAGCUGCGACGAGGCCCGGGACGAGGACGAGGACGAGGACAAGGAAGAGGAAGAGGAAGAGAUCUGAGGUUUAUAUACACAAGCCACUUUGUUGGUGAGAGAGAGGUCGGACAUGCACCGGACAAUGCCCGAAGAGUGGAGGUGGUGCACAGGGACAUACAAGAUCAGGAACAAGUAGUCAUGUCUCAUGGAAGUCCCACGAGAGAGACAGGCUGGAGACAUUAUGGACAUCCAAGGGACAUACAGGACAUAGGCAGGAACAGCAGGAAGGACACUGUGGAAGAACAGGACACAGAUAUCAGAUUCAGUGAGAGAAGCUUAAAAUACCGACAUUCCGAUAGAAACAGCAGAUCUUGUUCACAUGAACAGAAUGGGUUGCCAGGGGUAAGGGUAAGUAGAUCUCGAAAAAGGCACCCUUCUUCUGAUGACUCAAAAGGAUCAGGCAUCUUUCGAGAUCCACAUGGGAGCAGGUCAUCGGAUGGACUCAGAAGAAUGAAAUACAAGCAGAAUAUUGACGAAAGAGUUGAUCAUUCAAACAACACAGGGUAUCACAAACCACAUGAACUGUUCAGAAGGGACCUGUCACCUGCUGAGCUUGGGUCAAAGAAGAAACGAAAACUAAAAAAAAGAAAUGAAAAUGGAAACAUUGAUGACAGAAUGAAGGAAUGCAAUGAUAGCAGAGUAAACCAUGACAUGACUACUGUUACCCUUGGUGAAAACACCGGCAUGGCUAAACCAGUUGAUUCAGAAGAGAAAUUGAAAUCGUCAAGCACAACAGAGAAAGAAGACCUGGCUAGUUUGAUUCUCCGAACAGUGUGUGUAGAUUUCCCCGGCAAAGUUGAUUUAGCAAGUCUGAGAAAAGCUCUACACCAAAAAAGGUAUAUCAAUUUUUCGAACUCGCAAACAUUGUAUGGCUUCCUGAAACAUUAUGACAACGUUUUCAAAAUAGAAGGAAACACUGAUAGAGAGGAGGGAAUGAUUGAAGAUGGUGAAGUCGAGGAUACAUUUGCUGAGGACAAGUUUUAUGUGACUGGACAUCCAAAUCUACUCCUGUGUCUGCAACAUUCAAAGCGUGUGGGAUCAUGUAAACAAGAUUGCGGGAGCCUUCAUGUAUGCAAAUAUUUCAUGUUGAAUAAAUGUGACAUGCAAGAACAGGGAAAGAAAUGCAUCUUUGGUCACGACAUGUACACAGAACACAACAAAGAGGUUAUGAGAAAAUCGUUGCUGCAAACAUUCAAAACUGAAAUUGAAAUCGAUGUCCUGCGUUUCCUAAGAUAUAGGAAUUCCACUACUGUUCCAGGAAUAUGUAAUUACUACAACAAACCAAUGGGCUGCAACAAGGCUGAAUGCGGAUUUCUCCAUGUGUGUGAAGCAUUCCUUCAUGGAACCUGCAGUACUUCAUACAGGUGCAAUCAUUCUCAUGAUGUUGGGGCAAACCAACCAUUACAUUGCCUUCGACGUAUUGGAAUAAAUCCAACGAAUGAUGAGGAGAAAGAAUUGGUUGUCAAAACCCUUAAAGCUAUAGCAAUCAACAAGAAUCAUAGUGUCAACCAGGGAAGAAAUGCUCAAGCUUCUACUGACAUACAUCAGUUGUCCACAGGUGGAUAUAACAAAGACAUGGCCAAAAACAAAUAAUGUGGCUCAAGUCUCAAGAUAUUUUUCUAGUACUGCGACUGGUCCUACUGAAACAAAGAAAGUCUCAGAGAAGCCUUCUGAAGCGAGUGACGAAGAUGGACAGCUUCGGGUGGAAGUGGAAGAUGAGGAAGAGGAGAAGGAACCAGAUGAAGAUCUCAGCACCUCGUGUACAGGGGACUGGACAUGGUCAUGGAUACACCCUCGUGGGACUCUGUGUAAUGUCACCGACAGUCACGCUUAUGAGCAAAGCUACAGAGAAUAUAUUCAAGCCAGGAAGAAGAGCUUUCUUAUCAAUGGUCAAAUGUGAGUAUAUUAAGCACCUCACAUUUCACAGAUGUCCGUAUCUGGUAAAUGCUUUGCUUUGUCAGUUUGUGUGAAGGAAUAUCCAGAGAAGGACGGAAGAGGAAGAAAGGAAGUAAAAAAUCCAAAUUUCAGGGUUGGUGAUAGUAUCUACAGGUACAUUUGACAAACUAUUUUGAUAGUUUUCUGAAUUUAGGUCUCCUGCGAUUGUACACCCUUACAUUGUGUACAUAAUAUGGCUUUUACACUCUAAAAUCAUCACAUAGUGUUCACACGUGUACUCCAAACAUAUUAACUUUUAAAAUCAUACCCAGAUGUUACAGAUAUUGCCAAGGUGUUCCCAAGGUGUUGGCUGAUGUCUUUCCAAAUAUUUAAACCACGUAUACAAGUCUAAAAAAUGUGCCAAUAAGUGUUUUCAAAUCAUUCUGUUGCAGGUGUGAGGUAGACUUUGCCACAAAGACUGGAGUGAUCGAUGGGGACGUUUCACUCAGUUUCAUGAGAGUCAGGACGCCAAAGAAGGACACAAAGUGUUCUUCUUCGGGCACAACGGGCCACUGUCCUGUUACCAAUGUUACUGAUUCUGAUGUAGGUGCUGCCACUGAUGUUGCUACAAGUGGUAGUUUAGCACAAUGUGUUAACGAUCUUCAUUCUGAAACACCAUAGACAGAAACCAGAAAUGAUCAGCAUCUGCUACUGCUAGUACUAAACCUUUGCACUUUGCUUGUGCAGGCAAAUAGAUUUAAUUUGUUUGUUGUCAUAUUUGUCUGAAACUAGACAAGAAGCUACGUUGACAAAUGUCUUCUCUCAAUUUCGUUCCUGUGUCUUACGCUAUGGAGUUUGUUUGAUUUCCUUGAUUUCCUUGGCAAUCAUAUUAUAAAGUUGCCUUUUUCUAUACCCGUGGCUAGUUUCCAGUAUGUUUUAUCAUAGCAUAACAACAUACUAAAACUACUACUACUACUACUACUACUACUACUACUACUACUACUACUACUACUACAGCUUCUGUUUCUAUUACCAUUAAUGCUAUCUUUUGGUUUGGUUUGGUCAUGGUCAACUCUCUGUCCUUGGACGGAUGAUAGGAAACAUGACAUAAAAGUUUGUGAUCUUUAUUGCUGACUAAACCUAUGGAGAAGAAACUACGGGAAUGACGUCAUUGAUGGUGUUAAAUGUUGAAGGCAACAUUGGUCAUCUAAAAUCCCAGUAAGAAGGUGAUAUCUACUUAGAGAAGCAUAGGGACAAGGGAGCAUGUUUUUACAUGUGUGUCUUGAAGAACUGUAUUAAAAGUACCGAAGAUGCCAAGAGGAAGUAGUAUAUCCAGGAAUGGAACUUGAACAUGAUGUCACAGCUUGAUAUGUGACGUAAUAAACAGCAUAAUCAUA